AUGCCAAGGGGAAAGUUAAAACUAGAACCCAUAACUGAUGACUUUGCAAGGAAGCAAAGUUUCAGAAGAGGAAGAAAGGUAUUAUCAAGAAAGUCAACGAGCUGGCUACUCUCUGUGGUGUCAAAGCUUGUGCGGUUAUCAACAGCUGCGACAAUACGGAGCCGGAGUUUUUCCCCGUCAAAGGAAGGCGCUAAAGAAGUGUGCUUGAAGUUUUUGGAUGUUCUGCCCGAGCAACGGGACAAGAAGAUGUAUGACCAAGAGAGGUAUCUGUGGGAGAGGAUCCAGAAAGAAAGAGAGAAACUGAUGAGGAUAGAUGAAGAGAAUCGAGAGAUUGAGGUUCAAGAGGUUAUGUUCGAUCUUCUCAAGGGGAAAGCGAUGUCGCCACAUCACUAUUCUGAUCCAGGUUUUAUUGAAGCACUGAAUCUUAUAAUUGAUGAUAAUGUCAAUAAGCUAACUCACAGGACCGAGUUCCUCGAGCCGAUUGGUGCUCUUAAUGUCGCUGUCACAGAUGCAUCUGGUCCUGUUGUUGGUGAUGUGGACCCUUUUGCUGUCGGACCGAGGGUUUGGUAA